GAAUAGCCCGGAACGCUUUCACCGCUAGUAAUAGACCGCUACACGUAUAGUUCGAGAGAGAGAGAGAGAGAAAGAGAGAGAGGGAUUGUUCACAGGAGAAGCUAUGCAGACGGAACUUUCUAGUGCUGUGUGUACAUAAUGUGUACAGCGCGCUCUGUUUCAACUUAACAUGGGAAUGACCUGUAGAGAAAUGCUUUUCGUAUUUCCUUUAAUGAAGUGCGUGGAUUAAGCCUUGAAGACGAAAAGACAUAAUAUAUAUAUAUAUAUAUAUAUAUAUAUAUAUAUAUAUUUGUUUCUGUGCGUGGUGUUUCUUUACUUCUGGGAUCUUCCGUGAAGACAUUGUCGAGAAUUUCUCAAACAUUUGGUGCUGUUGCGCAAAAUAGCCUUCUGUUUGUGUUUGGAUAAUAUAGGAUUAGUUGUGUGUUUUUUGUGAAUUUGUUUUGUUUAGGUUUUUUUUCUCUCUCUUCUCACCAGUUUUCAGAUUCACGCACAAUCGACGUCUGCGUGUUCCGAAGCUCUGUCCUAAUGCUAAUUGGUGCUUGCCUAUUUCUCGUCGGUGGACAGUUAGCGUCGUCUGAUUGCUGCAUUGUUCUGGAACUCGGCUUAGGAGAAUAAUACUUCUGUAGCAUGAACCACGGCCCCGCCCUAACCUUGACCGAAGAACAAAUAGCAGAAUUUAAGGAAGCGUUCUCCCUGUUCGACAAAGAUGGCGACGGCACGAUCACCACGAGCGAGCUUGGUAUCGUGAUGAGGUCGCUGGGUCAAAACCCGACAGAUGCCGAACUACAAGACAUGAUCAACGAGGUCGACACGGACGGCAACGGAACAAUAGAAUUUGAAGAGUUCCUGCACAUGAUGAGCCGGAAGAUGCCGGAGACGGACAAUGACGAAGAGUUACGAGAAGCCUUCCGUGUCUUUGACAAAGACGGAAACGGCUACAUCAGCGCCGCCGAGCUGCGUCACGUGAUGCAGAAUCUGGGCGAGAAGCUGACAGACGAGGAAGUGAAGGAGAUGAUUCGUGAAGCCGACCUCGACGGAGACGGAAUGGUUAAUUAUGAAGAUUUUAUGGAAUAUGCAGGUCCUAUAUUAAACGAAUAUGGCAAAAAGUGGUCUCGGACAGCCGUUAAGUGAUUGCUUGUUCCUUAACUUCCAUCACUGUAC